AUAUAGUCACAGCAUUAAAGUUCUGUCAAGAAAAAUGGCUUUUAGAGCUGUCAAAGUACUCACAUUAUUGUUUUAGAUUAAACAUGUUUAACAGCAUUAGUAAAUGUACCUAAUUUAACACUGGCUGAGUCAUCCCCUGUGAUAUUUUGAGUAAUCUCCAAAGUCUGUUUUUUUUUGUUUUUGUUUUUUGUGUGAAUUGAUUAAUUUUGGGGAAUAGUGUUAAAGUAUCUCAGAAAUAAAGUGCAUCUCUGCCCCAUGUGUUUACAUGAGUAACUGAUAGUGAGGUCCAAGUGAAAUGUCAAACUCAGCAUGUCAAGCAUUGCUACACAAAUAAAAGUUCUUUGCAUAUUCUUUUUCUGUGUACUGCAGUAUUAACUUUUCCAAGUUAUCUUUUAACUAUUACUAAAACAUCUGCAUCUGAAAAGCUUAGUGUGAUACAAUAGCUUUCAGACAGACAAAACGUACGUUCCUCAAAUCUCUUCGUUUUGGUGGCAUUGUCAGAAUAAACAUUUCCAUUAGGUGGCAGCAAUGCACUAAAUGGUUUUCGAGUUUGCCAUUCAAAUCCAAAAGAACAAGAGAAUGCGCAUGCGCAGAGAAAAGCUCGAGCGAUGAUGAGCUCUGGUUUAUUAAUAAUUAGAGUGUAAUGUGUUGGCACCGCAGAGAGUUCUUCAGAGACUAAUCUGGUGCCCCUCCCAAAACAUCACUAAUAAAAACUGGGAAUUUUCCCAUCAUCAAAAACAAGAGAAGAGAUACUCCAGAUGUUAACGCUGAGUUCGUUGUGACUGUUAAAGAUGGCGUUUGUUGAAGUAGAGAUUGAGGACACGAGUGACUCAGAACUAUCCAGAAUCGAUCAUGAAGAUACAGAGGAACAAACAGAUGGGAUGGAAGUGAAAGAGCAAAGACGAGAACUAAAUAAAGCAGAGGAGGAACAUUGUAACUUGAAAAAGCUGCACACCUGCUCUCGGUGUGGAAAGACUUUCAGACAUAAAUCAUCUCUCAGGAAUCAUCUCUCCGUUCACUCAGAAAAAAAGCCCUUGGACUGUGAUCAGUGCGGUAAAUAUUUUAGCUCGUUGCCGCAUCUCAACAAACACCUAAAAAUUCAUUCAGGCGAGAGGCCGUACUCGUGUACCGUCUGUGGGAGGAGUUUUUCACGGCUGGACAGUUGUAAACAGCACCAGAAAAUACAUGAUGAAGUCAGAGACCAUGUGUGCUCCAAGUGUGGGAAGAGCUUUACUACAGCUGGCCAGUUGAAACAACACCAAAUCAUUCAUACUGGAGAAAGACCUUACAAGUGCUCAUACUGUGACAAGAGUUUCACUCAAUCUGGAAACCUGAAAUCCCACGAGCGAGUUCACACCGGAGAGAAGCCGUACCACUGCACUCAGUGUGAGAAGAGUUUCAAAGACGCAACCGGUCUCAAAAAUCACCUGCACCUUCACUCUGGAGAAAUGCCAUUUAACUGUGAGCAUUGUGGGAAAGAUUUUAAUUCGUCAUCGAAUUUUAAAAACCACCUGAAAGUCCAUACGAACGAGAGGCCUUAUGUGUGUUCUUUCUGUGGAAAGAGUUUUUCGCUGCAGGAAAGUUGUAAACUGCAUGAGAAAAUACACACGGGUGUGAGAGAUCAAGUGUGUUGUGUGUGUGGGAAGAGCUUCGUUACGCCUGGACAACUGAAACGCCACCACAUCAUUCACACUGGAGAAAGACCUUUCAAGUGCUCAUCGUGUGACAAGAGUUUCUCUCUGUCCGCACACCUGAAAUCACACGAGCGGCUUCAUACUGGAGAGAAGCCGUACCACUGCUCUCAGUGUGGACAGAGGUUUAGACAUUCAAACUCACUAGCAAAUCAUAUGAAAAAGCAUUUUCACAGUGAGCAAAAUUCAUCCAUCCAGUUAGUUAGUUUGUAGCGCUUUAUCGGAUUCGGCAUGAGUAAAUAUUGUACGUUUGUAUUGCCGAAGUAAUUGCAUAAAAUUGAAACGGUGCACAAUUAGAAUAGUGCAAAGAAAGAAAACUGAUGAAUAUAAAGUAGCAAUAGUCACCAUGAAAUCAAAAUGUACAAUUCUUAUAUUUAUGGAAUAUUGCAGUAUUUAUUAUUGUUUAUUUAUUCGUGCACAUCAUUAUUAUUAUUAUUUUUUUAGGGAUAAUUCACCCAAACAUUUUAAUCAUUUAUUAUCACUAAACAUUUGAUGGGCCCCAUUGUAUUUUUCAUCAACUCAUCAACUGUUUGGUUACCCAUAUUCUUCAAAAUAUCUUCUCUUGUGUUCAGCAUUCUUUCACACAGGGUUGGAACGACUUGAGGGCGAGUAAAUGAUCAUUUUUGGGUGAACUAUCACUUUAAAUUCAUGUCGUGUUAUUAUAAUCUUGAAUCAAAAUAAAUUGCCCUUCCUCUUGCAGUGACAUCUCUUCUCUGAUGAGGUAUGCAUGCACUGAUGUCACUUUCCUGGAGGAACACGCCUCCUGAGUGGCAAAAGAGCUGCUGCGUGACUGGAUUUAAUAGGGGAAACUGUGAAAACACGAGUAAAAACAAACGAUUGUCAGUUUAACCCUAAAACCAUAUUCUGGACAAAUGUGGGCAAAAUAGUUUUGAUUUAUUUUUAAAAAAUACUUCCCUUGA